AUGCCAACUCCCAUUACUGUAGCCAAACUCCCUCUCGGUGCCUUCGGGCCCGUCCCGGACGAUGCGAAGACCAAGCCGCAUCAUGAGAAGACCAAGAGUGGGAAGUUUGUGAGGUUUCAGAACAUCCACGCAUCAUUCGGCGAUGCCCACAAUUUGUCCAUGCCCAAAGUCGGCUUAAAGAUCUUUUGGGGCCAAAUAUCAGGAAAGAUCAGAUACCCUGAUGUUACGCCGCCCACGGUGGAUGUCCUUCCCCCGACUUUUCUGCCAGACAGGUUUGCGUCAGAGGAGCUGCGAACAACGUGGCUCGGUCACGCAAGCCACUACAUCGAGUAUCCUUCCGGCCUCCGCGUGCUCCUUGAUCCAGUCCUUGAAGAGCGGUGCUCACCCUUCUCCUUCAUGGGGCCGAAGCGGUUCACAAAACAACCCUGCGCGAUUGCAGACCUGCCAUUCCUCGACGCAGUCAUCAUUAGCCACAAUCAUUAUGACCAUCUCUCGCACCCGACCGUGCUCGAGAUCCACAGGCGGUUCCCCAACGCCCACUUCUUUGUCCCGAUGGGCGUCAAGAAGUGGUUCAACUCCUGUGGUAUCCAGAAUGUCACCGAGCUCGACUGGUGGGAAGACGCUGAGCUGACGGUGAACAUCGCCGACGCCUCCGGCGGCAAGAGAGACUCGGGGCUCGACACAGACACCAAGGCAAUCGACAGCAUCACCGCCAAGAUCACCUGCCUACCUGCGCAGCACCUAUCUAGCCGGACGGGCUGGGACUUCUGCAAGACGCUCUGGGCGUCGUGGGCCAUCAAGUCCGGCAGCGGGCCCGCAGACGAGCGCUCCGUCUGGUUCGGCGGCGACACGGGCUACCGCUCCGUGCCCGAGAUGCCCGACGACGAGGACGACUACUCGGACAGGUGGGCGCACCUGCCGCGCAACCCGCAGUUCAAGCAGAUCGGCGAGCUGCGCGGGCCCUUCGACCUGGGCCUAAUCCCCAUCGGCGCAUACGCCCCGCGCUGGGCCUUCUCGCGCAUGCAUGCCAACCCGUUUGACGCCGUCGAGAUGUUCGCUGACACGCGGUGCAAACAAGCCUUGGGCAUCCACUGGGGCACGUGGACUCUGACGACGGAGCCGGUGCUUGAGCCGCCGGCCAAGUUGCGGGAUGCGCUCAGGCGGAAGGGUGUUGCUGAGGAGGGCGUGUUCGAUGUGUGUGAUAUUGGCGCGUCGAGACAUUUCUGA